GUGUACGUGGAGGACGUGCGCAGGGAGUUCGUGGAGGAGUUCGUGUGGCCGGCGGUGCAGGCCGGCGCGCUCUACGAGGAGCGGUACCCGCUGGGCACGGCGCUGGCCCGGCCCUGCAUCGCCCGCAGGCUGGUGGCCAUCGCCCGGAGGGAGCGAGCCCUGUAUGUCGCGCAUGGCGCCACGGGCAAGGGCAAUGACCAGGUGCGCUUCGAGCUCUCCUGCUACGCACUGUGUCCCGGCAUCCAGGUCAUCGCGCCAUGGAGGCUGCCCGAGUUCUACCACCGCUUCCCGGGGCGCCGCGAGCUGAUGGACUACGCCGAGAAACACGGGAUCCCGGUGCCGGUGACGCCCCAGACGCCCUGGAGCAUGGAUGAAAACCUCAUGCACAUCAGCUAUGAAGCCGGGAUCCUGGAGAACCCCAAGAAUCCAGCUCCCCCCGGGCUCUACACGAAGACCUGUGAUCCGGCCACGGCUCCGGACACCCCAGACACACUGGAGAUCGAGUUCAAACAGGCAAGGCCACCAGGCAGACCACGCGUGGCUGUCCCCAAGGGUGCCAGCUGCUCCUUUUCUCCCCGCAGAGGCAAGCACGGCGUCGGGCGGAUCGACAUCGUGGAGAACCGCUUCAUCGGGAUGAAGUCCAGAGGUAUCUAUGAGACCCCAGCGGGAACGAUCCUAUACCAUGCGCAUUUAGAUAUCGAGGCCUUCACCAUGGACCGAGAAGUGCGGAAAAUCAAGCAGGGUCUCGCCUUGAAGUUCUCCGAGCUGGUGUACAACGGCUUCUGGCACAGCCCCGAGUGCGAAUUCGUGCGGCUCUGCAUCGGCCGCUCGCAGGAGGCCGUGGAGGGCAGCGUGCGCCUCGCCGUCUUCAAGGGACAGGUCUACGUGCUGGCCCGCGAGUCCCCGCGCUCGCUGUACAACGAGGAGCUGGUGAG